AACAACUUGUCAGAUCUUACGUGUUAUUCAACCAUCUGAAGAAGACGGGGAUUCCUUCAAAAAGCAAAAUGUUAAGAAUGGGGAGAGGCAGUACUGGCCACCUGGCAGUCUUUACCGCUAUGAAGUACAACCUGUUGCCAAUGAGAAAUCUAAACCUUUGAUAGUGUCAGCAGAGCUUAUACACAGGAAGAAAAGUUAUUAUUCCCGGGCAAAAAAUCGUUUAUACAUUAAACAAUUUACAGAGCAAGUUGGUGGAUUUUGGAAGUUAAAGGCUAAAACAGCUGAGAAGUACGGAAUAUCAAGAGUGAAAUUUGACCUUAUCUUUGUGGGUGAAGCACCAGAUCUAAGCCCAAACAAGAAGGGCUCUCCCAACAACCAGGUGAAGACAGGUGGUUCUGGAAAGAAAGAAAAACGCCAAGAAAGUAUUGACAAGUACUUCACAAAGAAAUCUCCCAGCAAGCAACAGAACUCCCAGCCCAUGGAUGCUCACCAGAAGUCUUUAUUACAAAAAUUGAAAGAAAAGUACAAAGUACAAAAUGCUAAAAAUACUACACUGGCAAACAAAAUAGCCAACAAACAAGAAGCCAUAAGACAAAAAAGGAAAUAUACAAAAAAGAAAUUGCUUCAGUCUUCUGAUAAAAACUCAGUAUUAACAGAGAUGGAAAUAAAACAAAGGAAGCAAGAGGAAAAACUUAAACUGAGGGAACAAAAACGAAAGAAAAAGGAACAAGUAGCUUUAUUGAUGAAAGAAUACAACAGGAAAAAAGAGGAUUUGGAACUUGAAGAUCUGCAGGAUCUCCCAGAGCCAUUGCCUAUCGAACUUCGUCUACCAAAUGAGCUGUUUGGAGACUUUGUGAUGAUAAUGGAGUUUCUUCAUACAUUCCAGGAGACCAUUAAUCUGAAGGAUUACUUUCCCGCAGGGAUGACUUUAGACCUUUUGGAGCGAGCACUCGUUGAAAAUGAAGUUGCUGGGCCACUGUGUGACAUUAUUCAGAUGUUGCUUACAGCAAUAUUUGAACUGCAAGAGGAGGAAGAUGAUGAAAUUAGAGAAGAUUCAGACAUGAGAUCAUCAGACUGGCAAGAUGUGGCGGAUGUGGCCGGUGAUAUGAGGACGAAGGAAGCCGUGAGACAGGCUACAAUCGCAGCCAGGUGGUCUCAGGCAUACCAUCGCACACCACUUAACAAGCUGACACUGGAUGCCAGCACAGUGACCGAGGUAUUGAGACUGCAUCUGCUGGCCUCAGGUGGCCGCUGCGGCGGACAGCAGCUCGAAAUGGAG